CGGCGGUGCAGGCUACGGCGACGGAGGGCGGCGUCGCAGGCGAUGGAGGGCGGCGGCGCAGGCUUCUGUGUCGGAGCAGGGCGGCGGCGCAGGCGAAGGCGGCGGAGCAGGGCGGCGGUGGAGCAGGCCGGCAGCGGAGGCUACGACGGCCGAAGGGGAGGACCUUCGCCGAUGGGAGGAUGAGUGCACAGGGGCCUACGCCUGCAUCCCCCACCGCGUUGGCAAUGUAUUUGGGCGAAUCCCUUGUACGGGUUGCUUCCAAACCGCAUUGGUUUUCAGUCGAUGUUAGGGUGCAACCCUAUGCGACAGUAGAUGCUGAUGGUAGGAAAAUCAUAAGUAAAGGAGGCACUGGGCAUUGGGUAAUCGAUUCAGAGAGUUUUUCAUUUGAUUUCCUAAUGGAAAGUUUGAGGGUUGAGUUUAAGUGGGGCUCGAACCAGUCUCCCUCAGUGUGGUGUUUUAACAAAAAUUUGGGUGAGGAUGUUAGGCUCAUAGGGGACACUGAUUUUCCAGAUAUUUUCGAGAUGUAUGCAACCGAGGCCAGUUUCCACCUACUUGUAGCAGUUCUUGAGGAAGGCAUGGAUGUUGCUUCUGUGUGUUGUGUGCAUGAGCCCAUUGCUAUCAUCCCACCUGAGAACCCUUGCCACAAUGAUGGUUCUGGACAAGCUGCUAUUAAUGUUGGAGGUUCUGCACAGCCUACAACAGUGGAAGCAGAUGUUAGAAAGCCUGACAUGUUUGAUAAUGAGGAAGAAUAUGUUGGUGUUAAUGAUGAGCAGUUGUAUCUGCCUCCAAAACCUACUCAGCCACCUGACACCUCUGGCCAAUCCUCUCAGCCUGCUACCACAGGGUUUGGUGGCCAAUCCUCUCAGCCUGCUGCCAUAGGGGUUGGUGGUCAAUCCUUUCAGACUGCUGCCACAGGGGUUGAAGCUCCUGAGGUAGAAGUCACUGAUGAAGACCCUCAGGUUGUUAGAGUGUUGCAUGAUCCAGAGAAUCCAAAUAUAGUGAAGAAUGCUCUAUUCCCUGACAUGAUAUCUUUUAGAAAAGCAGUUAGGCAUUAUGCAAUUAAGAAAGGUUUUGAGUUUGCUGAUUUGAAGACAGAUAAAACAAGAUUCAUUGCAACCUGUCGCGCUGAAGGCUGUCCAUGGAGAAUAAGUGCUUCCCUAAUCCAUGAUAAGAAAACAAUUAAGAUUACAGUUCUUCCCUUUGAACACAAAUGUGCAUCUACCAAACUAAGAGAGGGCAAGAUGGCUACACAGGGCUGGGUUGCUGAUAGGCUUGGUGAUUGGUUGAAGAACAAUCCAAAGAAGGGUGCUAAGGAUGCAAGGGGGAAGCUGCAAUAACAGUAUGAGAUCAAGUUGAAGUAUUCAAAGGCAUGAUCAGGAAGAGACAAGUGUGCAGGCAAGGAAAUGAUCCAGGAGUGUCAACAAGUGAAGCAAGCUGCUCUGCACCAAAGAAGAAAAAAACACCUAGGAAAAAAAAGACACCAAAAAAUAAGAAGACUCCCCAGAAGAGGAAAGACCUAGCAUCCUCAAGUGCACCACCAACUAGAGUAGUUAGGAGCCUAUCUACCUAUCUUCGACUGUAAUGCCAGCUGCCUCCUUUCUAAGUAUUUUGCUAAUUGCCAAUGGCUGUGAUGAACUUGUAAUGCAUGUGUGCCUGUGAACUUGUAGUAACCUAUUUGCAGUGACAAUGUAGCCUGCCCCAUCUCUUAAGUAUUUUGCUAGUAAGGCUGCUAUGAACCAGUAAUGUUGCUCAUGUAUGUCUGUACUGUUGUAUGCAUAUGUUGAGCCUGAAAACUGAAAUUAUGGAAUGCAUCAA